AUGACUGAUAGCACCAAACUUAUUGCUGUGAUUGGAGAUGAAGACACCGUCACGGGUUUUAUCCUUGCGGGUAUUGGUCAUCGAACGGCCAACGGAACCAACUUUCUUGUCGUCAAGCCUUCCACGCCAAUUUCUACAAUUGAAGCUACCUUCCGAUCGCUAUCUAGCCGUGACGACAUUGCUAUCAUUCUCAUUAAUCAACAUGUGGCUGAGGAAAUCCGUCAUCUUCUUAAUACAUAUGAAAAGACAAUUCCCACAGUGUUGGAAAUACCAAGCAAGGACUCACCUUACGAUCCUGCGAAGGAUUAUAUCAUGAAACGCGUGAAUCUUAUGCUUGGAGAGUCGUAA